AUGGCGCGUGCGAAAGGCUGCCUAGAAGAGUUAUGCGGCAGCUGCGGGUGGUGUAUACUCGCAGCACCCAGGGUAUCAUCUGAGUAUAACAAAGUGAUGAGUGGCGAGGGCGCUGCUGGCGCCGGCCCGUCCGUUGGAAAGCCCAACUCAAAUGUUAAGGAUCCUCGGACUGUGCUCCGUUACGCUAGCCGCCGCACCUCGAAGCCCACAGCCCCACCCCGCGCGGGGUCUAUCCGGUCGAUGCACGUGUACCAUACCCGCAGCUGCAAGGCGACGGAGCAGCCCAGAGCAGCGUGCAUACGUGCGAGAGUCGUGCAAGUGGGGGCGGGCCUGGGCGGCCGUAAUUUUACAGCACGCGUACCCGGUAAAGCUGCGCUCCGUCUGCUGGAAUACAAACCUGCUCAGAUCUCUCACAAGCAUUCACAACAUUCCAGUGCCAGCAACCAAAACUCCCUUGAAAUGUUCGAUAUACCCGCAUCGCACGAACAGUACCAUCGCGACAUGAGCAGGUUGCAGCGCGAGCGGCUUGCUCUCGUCCGCCAAGGAGCCGCUGAAGGAACGCAUGACCCCUCUGCCCGCUCUGCCGCUCCACACGCACCCCCUCUCGGUCUCCACAUAGACACCAGCUCCCAUCCCUCGCCCCUCCCCUCUCUCUCGCACUCGGUCUCCCCGCCCAGCGAUUGGCCUGGCCCAUCGACAGGGAGCGACAGCCACUACACCCCCGUCCCUUCGCGCCACUCCAUUGAUGGCGCCAUGGACGCCUUCCAAUCCAAUACGGACGUCGGCGCUCUCUCUCUCGACCUGUUCGGGUCCAUGUCCAAGCCGGACGCGCUGCCGUCGGCUGACUGGUCUUUCGAUGGAUCAUACCAGUAUCAACCACACCUCCAACCCUUCUCCAGUGACUAUCCACAGUCCUAUGAUUUCUCCCUCCCUUCCUGGCUUCCCGGCGCCAAUCUCCAUCAGCAAAACGUCCUAUCAUCCUCUUUGCCUGCCCCACUCCCCUACCAAUCAAUCCCCACUUUGCCCGCAGCCGAGGCGCCGUACGCGUACGGCAACCAGGCUUCUUCCGCUGCCGGUCCCGGCCCGUUCACAACAGACAGCACGCGGAGCUCGAUCGACGAGCACAUGUCAGCGGUGUUCAGCAUCAACCCACAGCAGCUGGUGUUGGAGCCGACGGGCGCGACGUCCUCUCAUUUCUCCACCGAAUCAGUCUUUGGUGGUCAAGACCUUGCGACAGCUUCGGCGGCCGGCGGCGGGGCCGCCCCAUCAACCGCUCGAUCCCCUUCUCGAUCCCAAUCACCUCCCUCCCGCCGCCCAUCCUCCUCCUCCUCGUCCCUCGGCUCCCCGCUCGACACCUUCAAGCCGCGACGUUACUCGGACAACCUCGGCGUGGCUCGUCGUUAUGCCGACGAUGCACCAGAGGCGGGCGGGACCGGUCGCGUCAGUUUGGACGACACGGUUGUGGUGGGCGCUGUCAAGAAGGGGCGGCGGCGCAAGAUAUUCAAGCAGGGAGAGAUCGCGCCGGAAUGGGAGAGCGUGACGGAUCCGAAGGAGAGGCGGAAGCUGCAGAAUCGGAUCGCCCAAAGGAAUUUUAGGAAGCGGACGAAGAGCGUGGCGACUGAGGCGGAGAUGUCUGCUGAUGCGGUACAGAGUGAUGAGUUGCGUCUAUCGCACAAAGUCCCGAGAGGGGCUGGAGCGUCUCCGCGCCGGAAUGCCAAGCCCGCUCGACGGGCACCGGCGGGCGAGGCAAGAGACGAGGGGGAUAUAGAGGUGCCGGGUGCCAGCGUCUGCCUGUGUGGCGUUGUCUUUCGGCUUACAAAGACCUUGUCGAUAGCAUGUACCAGUCACAACUCACUUAUCGUUCGAUCAGAUGGUCAAGGGAGAGUUCCGACAGCGAGACAAUGCGGCAUGCGGCGACAGUUGAGAAGGAUCGGCGGUGUGACCGGGAACAUACAGCUCGGUCUGAGAGCGGCAGAGGGUGGGCUGUCGCUCAUGGCAGGGGUAUCGAUAGAUCUCUAUGGGAGUCAGUCGUGGGCAACGAGCGGGAAGGAUAACGGGUCGGGUGAGGGCAGGACCGGAACGAUGAUUUGUAAGGCAGGAUCGGGGAAGAUUCCGACGAAGCGAGGCAGUCAAGAAGGUGGCAAGUGUGGGAUCAAAGGGCACGUUCGGACAACUCUCCUCCAAUACGCGCGACGCCCAGCAUCUGAGACAGCUCAGUGCACCUUAUCUCCUUUUUUCCAGACUCACAUUUCUUCCGUGCUCAUUGCCCCUGAACCGCCCGUCGGUGCUCUCUCUUCACUCCUGCCGUGCUGUAGAGGAAUCAGACGUCAGGCAUCGGAACCCCAUGCGAGGCGGAUGGCGUUCUUGUUGCCCGUCACCCCGAGCCAGCGGGCGGGCUUUCGGCCCGUGGAGAGAUGGUCGGCUCCGACUUUGAGGGAGAAAAAGAGGUAUAAGAGCAAGCAAGCUUUCGCCGCUUUACCUUUGCGUGGCCAUCUAUCAGCUGGCAGCGCCGCAAGUAAGUCGGAGAUCAACCACCGAUGCCGAAACGCGCAAAAGUUCCAGGCCGGGUCUAGACCGGGUCCAGGCCUGUUUGGAAGCCCGCAAGUCUUCGGGAAGCCUGCGCGCUCUGCAUUCCUCGGCGUCCUGACGUGGACCCUUUCUUGCGACAGAGCGGCCGCUCUUCGCUUCCGCGUUGAGGACCAUCUGGGCAGGAGCAGGCAGAUCUGGCGAGGCGAGAGCCAGCAACAGAGCUCGGUGGGCAGUCUCGAAGAAUUCGAGGCGACAAAUUAUAUUGAUCAGACAGCAAAGCCGCAUAUCGUCCCGCGGGGCUCGGGAAAAGUAGAACCUAAGAUCUACUCUAUCUACUGGCAGUCAGCGUCUUAUCUCAUCUUGCUUUGGCUAGCACCCCUCGCUACCCCCGGCAAGUCAGGUGCUGAUGGCAUCAGAGUUGCCCUCGCAUCUUCACCACCACGUAAGCUCGCUCGUCCUCCACACUUCACUAACUCGCCUGUCACCCCUCGAAACCCGGAUUUUCCCCAUCCCAAACCCAAACGCUUACCCCUCGUCUAUAGCCUUCUCUACUUUGACCUCACCCCGCCAAUCCCUCCAGUCUCUGUGCACAGACGAUGUUUCCCCCUUCCAACCCCCGCUCCCCCUUACCGGUCCCACACGCAGCCGUUAGCCACACUGAGCACCCCACCAACCUUGGCCCUCCAACAUCACCUAUACCCGACAAUGUGGGCCGCCCGCUACGUCGAGACAAACCUCACUCCUCCACCGAGGGCCGAGGGCCCCGAAGCGCCGGCAUCGCCUGCCCGACCUGGACCGGUAGCAAGAGGUUGGUCAAGCGUGGAGGGAAUGAGGGACGGGAAUGUUGAUGGCUAUUCUGAGGAGCGUCUACCUGAAGCCUUGAGGCGACCCGGAAGCGGUAAGCGGAGAGAGAGCGGACGUGAUCAAGAUGAACGUGGCGCAGAAGGUGGCGGCGGUUUCAGCGGACAAGGUGGAGGUUGGUCUGCUAGACGUGAAGAUGCUGGGCGCGGGGGAGAGGGAGAAGAGGAUCGUGCUUCAUAUUGGUCCAGUCGGCAUCACGGGGACCCGUAUCUCGGUUCAGAUCAGCAUCAUCACCAUCACCAUCAGCGGAGUGAAGAUGGGCGUCAACGUCAGCAUCAGCAGCAGCGUCAGCGGCCCAGUCAAUCAUUGACGGAUCCCGCUCAGUACCAGUCUCAACAGCAAUCCCAGUAUCAGUCCCAAAGCCAAUUCCAGUACCAGUCCCAGCAACAACGGCCAUAUCCCGCUCGACCUCCUCCCCUCCCACUGCCGGACAAGCCCACCUCCAACCCCGACGUCACAUCCCCAAACACCUCGGACCAAUCGGCAAGUAUGCACAUCGACCACAUCAUGGGGUCCACUACCGUCCGUUCCCACCUCAUCUCGGACGAGAAGGUCCCGACGCGCGGCCAUCCAGCUGCCGAGCAGUCGUCCGCACCCGAGUCGCCAUCCAUAUCAUCACCACUACCCGCCGCCAUUCUUAACUGGCGUAAAAGUCUCCCCUCCUCUGGAACUACCACCGCCGUCCAAUCAUCCGUCACCCCCGUUACUUCCGACGGGAUCCGGAGUGGGUAUGCCGCACCGCGUCGCGCUGCCCCUCGCCGCCACUCUGGGUACGCGGACCCCGCGUCCCACCCGUACUCGCCGGCCGGAUCGCCCUUGACGAGCCAUGCUCGACUCUACACCAGUAGCGCCGAUAGCCGUACCGCUGCCGGCGCCCGCGGCUACGAUGGGGAUGUACGGAUGGGCGAUGCGGAGGACGGGGACGAGGAGGAAGAAGAGUGGCCUGGAGCAAGUGACGAUGGCGGCCUCUCGAUGAAAGAGAAGCGGAAGGCGCAGAACCGGAUCGCGCAGACGAAAUACCGCGCGAGGGCCAAGCUGCAGACGCAAGAAGCCGCCGACUAUCUCGAGACCCUCGAAACGCUCAAUCGGACGCAGACCGAGCAGCUCGCCGAGCAGGCCAGUAUGAUCCAGCGGCUGAAGGAGGAGAACGAAGCGCUGAGGCGGGAAAGGGACCGGAGCGGGCGACGUAAAGACCUAGAAAGCGAUGGGCAUUGA